UAUUGCCUGCAUAAAAAAAAAAUAAUAUUCAAAGAAAACAAAGAAAUUUUUAGGGGUCGAAUUAUUUCGAGUUUUUAUUAAUUAAAACAUUAAUAUUAAUAAAAUGUGGCUGCAUAAUAAAAUACAAAUACUCUUUGUAUGUUUUUUAUUUCUCGAAAUUGCAAAUGCCUACAAACCUGUAGUGCUGUUGCAUGGCAUAAUGUCUGGCUCCGAUAGUAUGAUUAUUCUUGAAAAGGAAAUCCAAUUUAAUCAUCCUGGUACAAAGGUCUAUAAUUGUGAUAAGUUUAGUGGAUGGUCGAGCUUAGAAGCCGCUUGGAGACAAGUUCAACAAAUUCGUGACUAUGUGAAAGAAAUCAGCGACUCGCACCCGGAAGGAAUACAUCUUUUAGGUUACUCCCAAGGUGGACUCAUAGCACGAGCCGUUAUUCAAUCCUUCCCAGAGCAUAACAUUCAUAAUUUUAUAUCAUUGUCAUCACCACAAGCAGGACAAUAUGGAACAAAAUUUCUGCAUUUGAUUUUUCCUAACUUGACUGCACGGACUGCGUUUGAAUUGUUUUAUUCGAGAGUUGGACAACAUACAUCUGUUGGAAAUUAUUGGAAUGACCCAAAUGAAUUUGAACUGUAUAUAAAGUACAGUGUUUUUCUGCCUUUGGUUAAUAAUGAAAUACAGACUACGAAUUCAACUCAGUUCAAGAGCUCUUUGACAAAAUUAAAUAAAAUGGUACUGAUUGGUGGGCCAAAUGAUGGCGUUAUAACCCCAUGGCAGUCAAGUCACUUUGGAUACUAUAACAAAAGUCUUGAUGUAAUUCCGUUCGAUCAACGCGAUAUUUACUUGAAGGAUGAAAUCGGCCUUAAGACGCUUAAAGACAAUAACAAGCUAGUUGUUAUAACACGACCGCAUGUGCACCAUUUAGUUUGGCACAUUUCUCCUAGGGUUAUUCGUGAAGUGAUUCUCCCGUAUUUAGACUAAGAUGGAUUGGCUGUUUAGAUUUAAACAGAAAAAUUGGAAAUGGUGUGUGCUCUCUUUUUAAAUAUAAACUCGAUGUUUUUGUAUUUUUUUUUUUGAACCAACCAACGUGUUAAUAAAUGUGAUAACUAACUGAAAUUUUGAACUUACUCCAAUAGUCCCUAAACAUGGGACUUAACUUCCUAUAAUCUGUUCAAUUUUGGGAAAUGCAAUAAAUAAUAAAAAUUUUCUAUGCUUAAAAAGAAGAA